AUGUACGUACCAUUCAUCGUACUGUGUUUGUGCUCAACAUUGGUUUUAUCUAAACCACAGCUCAACUACCCCAAGGAUGACGACUGGGAAGAGCACAAGGUAAUUGGUAAAGUCAGUUGUAGUAAAGACCCUGGAUUGGUGACUGAAUCCAAGAUCAGUCUGUGGCUCAAGACGUGGGACGUCUUUGUACCCAACUUCUAUGAAUGCACGUGAGUUAUUGCUUCUUACAUAAUAUGCCAAUUCAAAUGAUUAUUUAAAUUUCAUAGAACUACACCUUUCCACAACAUGCAGUGUAGCUUUACAUAUACCUCUAUAACAUAAAUAAAUUACAGUAACCAUCCCAACUCGACCAGUCUGAGAUAUACUCUCGUACAUCCAGACAAGGAUGGUCACUUCAAAAUACGAUGCUCGAUCGACAUGUCUCACCAAGGAAUCACUGCCAACUACCUUCAGCUUUACAUUCUACAUCAUUGUAGCGAAAGUGGCGAGCUGGUCGAACGUUAUGUUGAUGUUGACUUCCCUACUCCUUACUUUGUCAACAAGACUAUCGAACUUUUUACUGUGGAUUAA